AUGGCAAGUUACCAGUACCGAGGUAUUCGACUAGGCGAUACUGCCCCUACAUUUGAUGCUCACACUACAAAGGGCAACUUUGACUUCCAUACCUGGAAAGCUGGAUCUUGGGCCAUUCUCUUCUCACACCCAGCUGACUUCACACCUGUAUGUACCACUGAACUGGGUGCUGUAGCGCGAUUGAGUGCUGAAUGGGAAAAGCGUGGUGUCAAAGUCAUUGGACUCUCCACCAACGAAUUGGGUGAUCACGAAAAAUGGAUUGCUGAUAUCGACAGCACCCAAUCUUGCAGUGUUCAAUUCCCAAUCAUUGCUGACAAGGACCGCAAAAUUGCCGUGCUUUAUGAUAUGUUGGAUCAUCAGGAUAUUACAAACGUUGAUGCCAAGGGAAUUCCAUUCACAGUCCGCUCGGUAUUCAUCAUCGAUCCAAAGAAUAUCGUUCGACUGAUCUUGACGUAUCCUGCUUCAUGUGGACGAAACUUCAACGAAAUCCUUCGUACUGUUGACGCGUUGCAGCUCUCUGACAAGCAACGUGUCACUACCCCUGCAGGUUGGAAUGGCCCACAAGAUGAAGUGAUCAUUCACCCAUCAGUGACAAAUGCAGAAGCGGAGAAACUCUUUCCUGGAUAUCGCACAGUCACUCCCUAUCUCCGAGUCACAAAACUGCCUGACACCAAAUGA